CUCUUUCACCCCUGCGUUGCCUAGUGAUGACAAACUUAGGACUGCUGCUGAUUUCCUGCCUGUUCAAAAUCUCGUCGCUGACACUGAGCUAACGCUACAUUUUUACGGAUUUCAUCUGUUUAUCUCGCCAGUUUUGCUCAGCUAUGUUACCGUUUAGCAUUUGUACCCUUUGCGGAAGUGCUGCGUAAUAUUAAGAGGUGAAGAAUGAUGGAUAGGUAUCUUUUCAUCAGAGUCGUUGGGAAAGGCAGCUAUGGGGAGGUGAACUUGGUGAAACACAAAACAGACCGAAAACAGUAUGUCAUAAAGAAGCUGAAUCUGACCACCUCCUCCAAGAGAGAGCGACGUUCUGCUGAGCAGGAGGCACAGCUCCUGUCCCAGUUGAGACAUCCCAACAUCGUAACUUACAGAGAAUCUUGGGAAGGGAAUGACUGCCAGCUGUACAUCGUGAUGGGUUUCUGUGAAGGAGGUGACCUCUAUCAUCGGCUCAAACAGCAAAAAGGGGCACUGCUGCCAGAGAAGCAGGUUGUAGAGUGGUUUGUCCAGAUCGCCAUGGCACUCCAGUAUCUGCACGAGAGAAACAUCCUUCAUCGAGACCUUAAAACACAGAACAUCUUUUUGACCAAAACCAACAUCAUCAAAGUUGGAGACCUCGGCAUUGCACGGGUUUUGGAGAACCAGAGCGACAUGGCCAGCACGCUCAUUGGGACCCCGUACUACAUGAGUCCUGAGCUUUUCUCUAACAAACCCUACAACCACAAGUCUGAUGUUUGGGCGUUGGGCUGCUGUGUUUAUGAGAUGUCCACACUUAAACACGCCUUCAACGCCAGGGACAUGAACUCACUGGUGUAUCGCAUCGUAGAGGGAAAGCUGCCACAAAUGCCGAGCCAGUACGAUCCUCAGCUGGGAGAUUUGAUCCGCAGCAUGCUGUGUAAGCGACCUGAAGACAGGCCUGAUGUUAAACUUAUCCUCCGACAGCCCUACAUUAAACAACAGAUCGCCAUGUUCCUCGAGGCCACCAAAGAAAAAACUGCUAAGUCAAGAAAAAAGGCUGCAGGAGGAAGCAGAGACUCUAGCGCCAACAGUGAAGCAUCAAGUCAGCCAAAACCUCAGAAGACACAUCCAAGUUUCCAGCUUGAACCUGUUGUCCGGAUGAAGAAGAAAGAAAACAAACCACCACAGAGUAAAAGCCGUAGCAGAGCACCAGACUCCCCUCCAGCCAGGUCAUCACAACAACCCAAAUCUUCAUCACCUGAUGUCCUGGAAUCCAGUGUUGUUCCCAUGGUGACUGUCAGCAACAUUGAUGUUGAUAUCCAACUGCAGCAGGGUGAUGACAUAAUAAAGAGACAAGUUCAAAAGCCCUGGUCUGAGCCAAUCAGUGAACCUGUGACUCACUCUGUGUACAAAAACAGCAAGACAAGUAGGAAACAAGAUCCCUCUUUCCCUCCCUCCCCCCUGAACCCCCCUCUGAUGACUGUAUCAGGUGUUUCUGGUGAGGGAGGAGCUGAGAGGAUUGCAUCCAAUGGAUUGUUGGGUAAUCUGCCACAAACCAAGCCAAACCAAGGGGAUGUGUUUUCUGUUGUUGAGGAACGUGUGUCACAUUAUAAAGAUGAUACCACAGAGCUGCUAAGAGAGGCUGGUGUGCAGAUUCCAAAUCUAGAAAACAUCACGAUGGAUGUGGACUUUGGCAAGCCAGCUCCAACACAACAUUCACACACCUCAGAUGUCCAAGAAAGCCUGGAAACUACAGACAAGCUUUUAGAGCCUCUAGCAAAGGUGCCUGAAUCGUCAUCUGUAGCUGCUACAUUAGAUCAAGCCUCCUUGUGUCAAAGUCCAUGGUACCUGUCAGGACCUCCAGUGUCACAGAAACACACGAACACACACACAAAACUUACAAAACAGGAUCAGAAACAGCUUAAAGUGGCAGCUCAAAGACCUUUGCCUCAGCCUCCCCUCCAGUUUGGAGCUCUGGAUGGGAAAAAGAGAAGCAAGAAGAUGACAGGAGGUAAAAAGGCUGGUGAGACUGAAGUUUCCACAUCAGCCAGUUCCGCUAAUGAUGGAUUCUUACCAACGCCGCAGGAUCGUCCUCUGACUGCCAGAGAGAGAAGACGUCUGAGACAGUCUCAGGAGAGUAGCAGCCAAGCUGGUGUUAGUGUCGUGCGAAGGGCAUCUUACGAUGUUGCUUCAAUAAACGUUGAGCAACACAACGUCCCAGUCACUCGAUCGGCCUCGUGUUCCGUCACAGAAUCCAGCAGUAAGGGUAAACUGACAGAGCAAAAGUCAGAUGAAGACGAGUGCAGCUCGUCUACGAGUUCCACCGAGCGCUCCGAGGGAGAUUGCAGAGAAAAGAAUGAAUCCUGCGACAUGCACGAUUUGGUCCAUAUGAUGACUCAGACUUUGAGGAUGGGUGCUGGAGACGGUGGACACGAGGUGGACAAAAGCAGAUCUGACUCGAGCACACUGCCUGAGUUCAAACUAAACAGGAGGUACAGGGACACACUGGUGCUCCACGGGAGAGCUCGAGAGGAAGCCGAGAACCUGUCUCUCUGUGAAAUACCAACAGAAGGCUCCACAUCCGGUCCGGCCAAGAUAAGGAGAGCAAUAGAGCAGCUGAGAACAGAUGUGGUGAAAGGUCUGGGCGUCAAGCUUUUGGACAAAGUGUUCGAAAUCAUGGAGGUAGAGGACGAGGUCAAAAGAGAACUGUGUCUUCGUGACCAGAUGGGCGAUGAGAAGUAUCAAGCUUAUGCCGUCAUGGUGAGGCAGCUAAAGUUUUUUGAGGAUGUUGCCUUCAAGGCAUAAAGGACUGGAGAUUAUAUGUAGAUUUCUGUUGCUCACUAACAUCUUGCAACUUCAAGAAACCAUUUGUCAACGAUCAAUCUGCGUCCUGUCAAAUUACUAGGUGGUUGGUGUGGCAUCGGUACUUUCUGGUAGCCUAGUGAACUAGACCAAAUUCUUGCUUGGCGAAGUUUAGGAUGGCUUGUCAGGUUAACUUUCUGCUGACAUGCAAGUUCACUGAUGACUGGAAUUUUUUUGUACGGUCAUCAAUCCUGUGAAUUAUGUAUAUGUCUGGGUAUUUUUUUAAGUAUAAAUUCAGAAUAAUCAAAUACCGUUCCAAUUCCCUAUGCAAACCGUUGUGUUAGGACUCUGUUUUCGUGUUUAUAAUGAAAAGCCAAAAUUUCAAGAUUGUAGCCUUUAUGUUCUAAGUUUGAACAUAGAUUUAAGUUUUGCUGUCCUAUUUUGUCUUUUUUAAUAAUGUAAAAUAGCUGUAUUGUAGAUAUUAACAGUUGAACUAUUUCUAAUAAAAUCCAGAAGUUAA